GACUUAUAAAUCAAAAAAUCAAAUCUUGGUGGGGGAAGGGCAAGGAAAUGUGUCUGAAUCCUUCUUUUUGAGCUACAAUCGCUAAACAUUGGACAGUCCGCUAUUUGGGUUUUGGAGUAAUCGCCCCAUUUCUCUCUCCCCUUCUCCCCGCGUCUUUCUUUUUUCUCGCGGACAUUUCAAGGAUUCUGCAGAUUAAGCAUUCGAAAUCGGCGUUCUGAUCUUUUCCCUCUUAUGGGUUCUGGAUGCUGUUUUCAUCCCGUUUUCGGCUUGCUGUGAGUUCUUGUAACUUUCCCAACUCUCCCUCUAUUUCUAUCUUGUGGGUUCUAAGUGUUUGGUGAAAUGGCCAAUACAUCUGGGUUCUUUGCAACAUCACUCCCGAGUCUAAGGCCCAGGAAUUUGCCGUUAGUACCCAGUUUUCGAUCUGGGUUUAGAUCAUCUGAUGGAAUAUCCAAAGUAAUAUUCUGUUCUAGUUCUAUUGGGACAGAGAAGGUUUCUUCUGGAGCUUCUCCUUCUGAAUCUCGCCUGCCCAGGCUUGUCAGUAGAGGCUGCAAGCUAGUUGGGUGUGGUUCAGCUGUACCAAGCCUUCAGAUCUCAAACGAUGAUCUUGCCAAAUUGGUUGAUACAAAUGAUGAAUGGAUAUCUGUUCGCACCGGGAUUCGCAAUCGAAGGGUGAUUUCAGAAAAAGAUAGAAGCCUGACAGCUUUAGCAGCAGAGGCAGCAAGGGGAGCUCUUCAAAUGGCUCAGGUUGAUCCUGAUGAUGUGGACUUGAUAUUGAUGUGCACUUCAACACCAGAGGAUCUUUUUGGGAGUGCUCCACAGGUCCAAAAAGCUCUUGGUUGUAAAAGAAAUCCUCUGUCUUAUGAUAUAACAGCUGCAUGUAGUGGAUUCCUACUGGGUUUAGUAUCAGCUUGUAGUCACAUAAGGGGAGGUGGAUUUUCUAAUGUUCUUGUCAUUGGUGCUGACGCUCUUUCUCGCUAUGUCGACUGGUCUGAUAGAGCAUCCUGUAUUCUUUUUGGAGAUGCUGCUGGUGCUGUACUCGUGCAGGCAUGUGAUACUGAGGAAGAUGGUUUAUUUGGUUUUGACUUGCAUAGUGAUGGGGAUGGCCAAAGGCAUUUGAAUGCUGGGAUCAAGGAAAAAGAAAUGGAUCAAGAAUUGGGUUCUAAUGGCUCUGUGGUUGGUUUUCCUCCAAGAAAUGUCACAUAUUCUUGUAUUCAAAUGAAUGGCAAGGAGGUGUUUCGAUUUGCGGUCCGCUGUGUGCCACAGUCGAUCGAGGCUGCCCUUCAGAAAGCUGGUCUCGAUUCAUCAAAUAUCGAUUGGUUGUUGUUACAUCAGGCAAACCAAAGGAUCAUCGACGCGGUUGCUAGUCGAUUAGAGGUUCCAUCAGAACGUGUGAUAUCGAAUCUGGCAAACUACGGGAACACAAGUGCAGCUUCGAUUCCAUUGGCAUUGGACGAAGCGGUUCGGAGCGGGAAGGUGAAGGCAGGACAUACAAUUGCAACAUCAGGAUUUGGAGCAGGUCUAACCUGGGGGUCUGCAAUUAUUAGAUGGGGUUGAAACUGCUGCAAUGACAAUGACACUAGAGCUUGACAAUCCAAUCCCCCUUGGCUUCUACUUUGUUUCUUUGGCUUUCUUUGCUUUAGAGAUUUUGAACACUAUAACUCAACUUUCAUUCUUUCUUUUUUGACUCAAAUAAUUCUGCUUCUGCUCCUUAAUUUAAUGUACCUUCCCUUCUCGAUC